AUGAAGUUUUUCAGCUCUAAACGCCAAGAGCAUGCCGCCGAAGGCGAGCAUCUCGAGCGCAGAAAGACUCCCGAUACUGACGGCCAUGUCACCUUCCUGGCCUGCUUCAUGGGCCUGACAGCGUCUUUUGGCGGAUUUUUAUUUGGUUAUACUAGUGGUCAAGUUUCGGGAUACUUCCUCAUGAAUGACUACGGCGCCCGCUUUGGCGAACCCGACGGAAACGGCAACUACGAAUUCAGCGCUGCUCGACAAGGAACAAUCACUGGUCUUCUCUCUAUUGGAUGUUUGAUUGGUGCUUUGAUUGCCGGUAACCUUUGCGACACCAUCGGUCGUCGCAUGACCAUCUCUGCUUCCGCCUUCUGGACCUGCGUCGGUACUGUCAUCGAAGUCGCCUCUAUGCACGCUUGGUACCAACACGCUAUCGGUCGUCUCGUCACUGGUGUCGGUAUUGGUGCUCUCUCCGUCGCCGUUCCCAUGUACCAGUCCGAGUCUGCUCCUGCCAUCAUUCGAGGUAUCAUUGUCUCUUGCUACCAGCUCAUGGUCACCCUCGGUAUUUGGUGCGCUGAGAUGGUCAACUGGGGUACCAACCACUACGACGGCAGCGCCUCUUGGAGAAUUCCCAACGGUCUCAACUUCCUCUGGGCCCUUCUUCUCGGUGUUGGUAUUCUCUUCCUCCCCGAGUCUCCCCGAUUCGCCUACCGAAAGGGUAAGGAGGAGGAAGCUCGCAACAACAUCGCUCGCCUUGCUGGUCUCGAGCCCAACUCCCCCAGUGUCAACCGCCAGAUCGAUGAGAUCCGUGAGAAGCUUGAGGAGGAGCGCUCCCUGCCCGAGACCCGCCUUGUUGAGAUCUUCACUGGUGACCGCAUGAUGUACCGUACCAUCCUCGGUAUUGUUCUCCAGGCCGGUCAGCAGCUCACUGGUAUCAACUUCUUCUUCUACUUCGGUACCACCGUCUUUGCUUCCACUGGUCUCAAGGACUCUUACGUCACUCAGCUCAUUCUCGGAUCUGUCAACGCUUUCUGUACCUUCGGCGGUCUCUAUGUCGUCCAGAAGUGUGGUCGCCGUAUCUCUCUCAUGAUCGGUGCCGCCUGGAUGAUGAUGUGCUUCCUCAUCUACGCCUUCGUUGGUCACUUCGCUCUCGACCGUGACGACCCUCAAAGCACCCCCGCCGCCGGUACCGUUCUCGUUACCUUCUCUUGCUUGGCCAUUGUCGCCUUCGCUACUACCUGGGGUCCCCUUGUCUGGGCUGUCGUCGCCGAGAUGUACCCUUCUCAGUACCGAUCUCGCUGCAUGGCUAUCGCCACUGCCACCAACUGGCUCUUCAACUUCCUCAUUGGUUUCUUCACUCGCUUCAUCACUGAUGCCAUUGACUACUUCUACGGUCUCGUCUACGCCGGAUGUUGUGCUGCCCUCGUCUUCAUUGUCUUCUUCUUCGUCAUCGAGUCCAAGGACCGCACCCUCGAGGAGAUUGACACAAUGUACCGCCAGAAGGUCAACCCCAUUACCUCCUCCAAGUGGGUUCCCAGCAACAACAACUCCAAGGUCGCUCGCGAGGGUGUCACCGAUGAGGAGGCUUCUUCUUAA